AUGGUAUUUAACUCCCUUCUUUUUUCUGGCUUUCUUCUGUGCUUGUUACCGAUAAUAAGCUGUCAAUUUACUAAAGAUCAUUUGACAAAAUUACAAGCAUUAGAAUGUGAUGAACCAUCUGUUACUCUGCAUGUAUUCUCUGGCACACGAAAUCCAGUUUGGAAAAUUAAUAUACAUCAACUAAUCAGAAUUAAAAUAUUAGCUUAUGAAUCUUUGUAUGAAAAUAAUAAUCUUACAUUAUUAAGUAAGCCAACAACAAGAGUUAUGGGUUAUCAAGGAUUCACUGUAAGUUGUUCUUCUGACAAAUACGUUUUUGUUCAUGGUAUAUCUCCACUUGAACAUUUGUUAUUGCUUGGUGGUCGUCGUUACCUUUCGGUAUCAAUUGUCCGUCAUGUCAAAGAUCAUGUCGGAGAAAUUAUGUCCGAUAUUACUGAUGUCGAGUCCAAUAAUGCUGAUUGUAAUCAUGUGCCAAUCAGAGGUCCUGAUACGGUGCCUGAAUAUGAUCCAAAGUCAGAUGACAAAGGAUGUUUUAUAACAAGACAAGGAGACAACAAUUGCUAUGCUUACGGUACUGACAUCGUUACAAAUACUUUUCCUCAACCAGGUCGAGGAAGUGGAAAGAAGUGGUCAUUCAAUACGUGUGUAGAUAUGGGAAAUGCAUCUGUUCGUGAUGGUUUAGUUUACAAUGGCACAAAACUACCAAAAAUUCCACCAGAAAAUGGACACUUUGUUGCAAUGCUUAUUUGGCCAGACACAAACUUUCAUUGGAUAAGAAUGGAUGCAAAUGGUUAUUGGUCACAUAAACCAGGAGGUACACCAGUUCGUAACAAGGAUAACAGAGGUUUACCAAUUGUUGAUCCUUCCAAAUCUGAUUUCUCACCAUGGACACAAUUCUGUUCAUAUUUCAUUGCACAACCAUCCAAACUUCGAAUUAACUAA